UCGGCUGCAGCCGUGCGAGAUCACCUCUUUGGCCAUGUCACAGAAUGGAAGCCUUGAGGACUCUGGCGAGUACUUCUCAGCUCCAUCCCCGAGUUACCUCAAGGAUGAAGUCGAUGACACCUCCGAGGUCCGAGAAGAGAGCCUGGGGGAGGAAGUGUUUGACACAGUCAACUCCUCCAUUGUGUCUGGCGAAAGCAUCCGCUUCUUUGUCAAUGUCAGCCUCGAGAUGCCGCCCUCUGUAUCAGAAGGCGACGCGCUGUCCAGUGGCUGCGUGCUCCUGCACACAUCCCGCAAGUACCUGAAGUUAAAGAACUUCAGGGAAGAGAUCCGUGCGCACCGGGAUCUGGAUGGCUUCCUGGCCCAGGCCAGCAUCAUCCUGAACGAAACGGCCACCUCCCUGGAUGACGUGCUGCGGACCAUGCUGACCCGCUUCGCCCAGGACCCCAACCACGCUGAGCCUGACUGCAACUUGGAGCUCAUCAUGGCCAAGCUCUUUACAGAUACGGGGGCCCCCACGGAGAGUAAAGUGCACCUGCUGUCAGACACCAUCCAAGGGGUCACGGCCACGGUCAGAGGGGUGCAGUACCAGCAGUCCUGGCUCUGCAUCAUCUGCACCAUGAAAGCCCUGCAGAAGCGGCACGUGUGCAUCAGCCGCCUGGUUCGCCCGCAGAACUGGGGUGAGAACUCCUGUGAGGUCCGGUUCGUCAUCCUAGUGCUGGCCCCACCCAAGAUGAAAAGCACCAAGACGGCCACGGAAGUGGCACGCACAUUCGCCACCAUGUUUUCAGACAUCACCUUCCGCCAGAAGCUCCUGAGGACACGCACAGAGGAGGAAUUCAAGGAGGCGUUGAUGCAUCAGAGACAGCUGCUCACCACGACCAUACCGAGAGCAAAUGGACACGGCAGAGGCUCCUUCCACGCCCACAGACACCCACAGCCCCCAAAGUGCAAGGACUUUUUCCCCUUCGGGAGGGGAAUCCGGGAGGACAUCGUGCGCAGGUUUUCCGUGUACUCACAGGACUUCACUGAUGGCAUCAUCGGGAAAAGCAAGGCUGUGGGGAAAUACAUCACCACCACCCUGUUCCUCUACUUUGCCUGCCUCCUGCCCACAAUUGCGUUUGGGUCCCUGAAUGAUGAGAACACAAAUGGGGCCAUUGAUGUGCAGAAGACCAUAGUCGGCCAGAGUAUCGGCGGCUUCCUGUAUGCGAUCUUCUCCGGGCAGCCACUGGUGAUUCUGCUGACGACUGCGCCCCUGGCCAUCUACACCCAGGUGAUCCGUGUCAUCUGUGAUGACUACAAUCUGGACUUCAAUGCCUUCUACGCAUGGACAGGCCUGUGGAACAGUUUCUUCCUGGCCCUCUAUGCCUUCUUCAACCUCAGUCUGGUCAUGAGUCUUUUUAAAAGGUCGACGGAGGAAAUUAUUGCCCUGUUCAUUUCCAUCACGUUCGUGGUGGAUGCCGUCAAGGGCAUGGUCAAAAUCUUCUGGAAGUACUACUACGGACACCACCACAUGAAGAGGACUUCACUCCUGGUGAGCCCAAUGGGUACGGGCGCCACCCUCAACUCCAGCUUCCAUGCCGCCCUCAACACCAGCUUCCUGGCCAGCCCCACUGAGCUGGACGCCUUCAGCAGCCUGGGCGCUGCGCACUCUGGCCAGGCGACCGCAGUGCUCAGCCUCCUCAUCAUGCUGGGCACGCUCUGGCUGGGCUACACCCUCUACCAGUUCAAGAAGAGCCCCUACCUGCACCCGUACGUGCGCGAGGUCCUGUCCGACUGUGCCCUGCCCAUCGCAGUGCUCACCUUCUCCCUCCUCAGCUCCUACGGCUUCCAGGAAAUUGAGAUGAGCAGGUUCCGCUACAACCCCAGCGAAAACCUGUUUGAGGUGGCACAGAUCAGCUCGCUUUCUCUGGAGGCCGUCGGCAGUGCCAUGGUCCUCGGCUUCCUGCUCUCCCUGCUCUUCUUCAUCGAGCAGAACCUGGUAGCUGCCUUGGUCAAUGCACCAGAGAACAGGCUGGUGAAAGGCACUGCCUACCACUGGGACCUCCUGCUCCUUGCCAUCAUCAACACAGUGCUGUCCCUGUUUGGGCUGCCUUGGAUCCACGCCGCCUACCCCCACUCCCCGCUGCACGUGCGGGCCCUGGCGUUAGUGGAGGAGCGAGUGGAAAACGGGCACAUUUAUGAGACGAUUGUGGAUGUGAAGGAGACCCGGCUGACGUCGCUAGGCGCCAGUGUGCUAGUGGGGCUGUCCUUGCUGCUGCUGCCCUUCCCGCUGCAGUGGAUCCCCAAGCCCGUGCUCUACGGCCUCUUCCUCUACAUCGCGCUCACCUCCUUAGACGGCAACCAGCUCUUCUCUCGUGUGGCCCUGCUCCUUAAAGAACAGACAUCGUACCCGCCCACACACUACAUCCGGAGGGUGCCCCAGAGGAAGAUCCACUACUUCACGUGCCUGCAGGGCAUGCAGUUGCUGCUGCUCUGCACCUUUGGCAUGAGCACCCUGCCCUACAUGAAGAUGGUCUUCCCCCUCAUCAUGAUUCUCCUGAUUCCCAUCCGGUACAUCCUGCUGCCCCGAAUCAUUGCAGCCAAGUACCUGGACGCCAUGGAUGCAGAGCACUGCUCCUGACCAGCAGGCUCCGGCCACACCUCUGCCAACCUCCCCAGCCACCACCGCAACUGUGAAGGGAGGUGUGGGGGUCUGGGCUCUCACGGGGGACUGUGUCUGCACAGGCAGCUCACAGGCCCCGGCACCUCGGCACGGGGGGUUCAGUGCUCCAUGCUCCCCCUCUGCACAUUAGCCUUCAGCUUCAGGUCAGGAACGCUGCUGGGGCAGUUUCUGUCCAGGGUGGGGCUAAGCAGGGUGGGUUUUCUUUUGAUAAAAGAGUCGAUGCCAGGAGAGAAGCCAUUUCCUUGAUUGUAUAAGGAACGCACUGUGGACACAUUAGAGAAUAAAGCUCCUGUUUCUAUCCUUC